CUUUCCCCCACGAACCGCCCGACCACGCUGAUGCUUUAGUGCACGCGACCUCCAAUGCGACGUCAUGCCGUUGGUGGCUCCUACGCAGCGAAAGGCUUACACGGUCGAGGAGGUGGCGAAGCACAACACCGCUGCCUCGCUAUGGGUGAUCAUGAACCGCAAGGCCCCUGGGAGGGAAUGCUUGGACGACUGGUGGGCGUGACGGAGGUCUAUGAUGUGACCGCCUUCCACAAGAAGCAUCCGGGCGGUGCAGGAGUUCUUCUGCAGAUGGGCGGCAAGGAUGCGACGGCGGCCGCGGCGGCCGCACAUAAGAGCAUCCUGCCCGCGAAUCUCAUGUGGGAGUUUUGUAUCGGCCACAUUGUGAGGGUGAAGCCGCCCGACGAGGUCAAGAAGGAGGAGCCUGUGGCGAAAGCAGCGGCCAAGAAGAAGAAGAGUGCUCCUGGCGGCGAGCCUGGCAGAAGGGACCAGGCACGGCGUUCGCCGCCGUCCUUCGUUGAGGAUGUGGAACGGAUGCUCUCCCGGCCCACCAUCUCCACCUCGAAGUCAGCGCAGGAGGUGGUCGGGAGAUCUUCCAUCGUCAGCAAUCCAGAGAACCCUGGGUCAGAAGCAGGGCAGGAAGGAAAGCUGGAGAGGACCUUCACCACCAUCAUGGAAGAGAUGGACUCUGAGAUCAUGGCCUUGGAUGAUGACAUUCACAAAGAGAGGCCCUCUGCGCCGAGUGCUGGGAUUGGGCUGCUGUGCUUCUUGCAGGGCAACGCGUGCUGGAGCAGCUCCGGAGGCUCCCAUGGGGGGCUACAGCCAAUCGCGAAGGUCGCCUAGCUGGGCCUGUCCGGUGGAACACAUCGGGUCGAGUGAGAGAGAAGGCAGCGCACCGCAGCGGUCCCAAGAAAGGACGCCACGGAAUCCAUGUUGCUCCCAAAGACCUC